AUGUGCUCUCGCAGCAGCAGCAAUACGUCCCGAGGGACAACUUCUGUCAUGGUCCUAGGGGUACUGCUCGUGCUCCUAACACUAGCCACAAAUCGAAGCCUUUGCAGUGUAGCACCACAUCCGGCCACUAUUAGCGUUACCUCCAGCGAACCCACAUCCAGCAGUAGCAGUAGUCUUCUCGCCACCAGCGAAACCAGCAACCUCACCGACCGAACACAUCCGCCCGAGGAGCCGGACGUUACGACGGUACGCACCGACCCAUCACCAGUGACGGGGCCGCGUACAUCGGACACCGCAUCCCAAAGCGUCGACCAGUCGCCGGUACCGCCCGAAGGUCAGAUACCGCUGGAACGGUUGCCCUCCAACACGCUGCUCAAGUACACCGCCUACAAGGACGUCUCGAUACUGCACUUUCGCAUACCGACCGACACCCGUACGGCCUUCUUUAGCUUUAAGGCUUACGAGGAAUCCAAAGGUGCCUUCCAGCGCAACUGCAAACCGAACGAUAUUACGCUGCACCUGAAAGCGGGCAGCUAUCCGGUCAUCAGUCCGGAAAACAUCACAUUCCCCAAGCACUUUCUAGACGCGGAGGAACGAUUUGAAAUCCACAGCCUACAGUUCAAGUCGGACAGCACAACGCGCCGGCUGAGCAUUGAAGGGCCACACCCGGGCAACUGGUUCGCCGUGGCAUUCAUCAGCUGGACCGAUCCGAACAACGAGCGAAUAGAGCAGCAAGGGCUGGCUGCAUCCUGCGAAACAUUGCUGAUGUCGGAGAUGUCCGUGACGAGUGCGCAGCCACAGAUGCUUAACGUGGACGUACGGCACGAGGGAACGCUAGCCGCUGACCAGCAGGAGCCCAAAUCCUUCAAGUUUUUCGUCCCAAGCAACGUGUCGAUCGUAACGUGGCGCUUUUCCAUCACGCAACCCUGCAUGAACUGCACCGAUGUGGGCUUUCAUGUGCAGGCGAGCGCACUGCCGACGGCGCGUAACUAUCUGCAGAAUGCCAUCAUCUGUCCGAACCAAACCGGCGACAUAAGCAUCGAUUUCUAUCCUCACGAAAGUGCCUGGCAUUACGUGGAUAUGGACUUUAUGCGCGAAAAUCCACCCAACGGUAGCGGUACCAUUGUGGCGGGGUUUCACAUCAACGACACGAUCGGGUCGGACGCCACGAAUCAAACCGACGAUAGGAAGAAGGAUGGCCCCACGAGUGUACCAGAGGCGCAGACGUUAAUGUACACGGUGGAGCUAAUCUAUCAUGCACAUGAGAGCCAUGUGCCAGGCACCGCGCCAACGAUGACUCCGUCCACCGAGGAACCUACCCCGGAGAGUGUCGAUGCGGCCGAGGAAAGUGAUACCCUGACGACAGACACUAAGUCACUGCCGAACCGAAGCUUCGACCGCUACCCAGUGCUGCGGCAAACGUAUCGGGAGUUCUUCAUGUUUGACUACGAUCUGCUGCCGGAUGUGAACGGUACGGUACCGGUGACGCUGAACCUUACCGCCGGCAUACCCGCGCUGAUGAAGUUCGACGUGAACGAUGUGUAUGACAUUGGCGGUACGCUCAGCUUUGCCGUUGCCAUGCGGCAAGAUCUGAAGGGCAGUUUGAUCGAUGCACGGCACGAAUCGACCAACGAACAUGCCGGUGUGGUGGCCGAGAAACUGAUCGACAUACAGGAAGAGUUCGUACCGGAACUUCCGGCGGCAAUGACAACGACCACCACGACGACAACGUCCACCACCACGACGACGACCACGAUCGCACCGAGCACUACCGACUCGGACAAAACCAAACAAAGUGUCGGCAAAGCCAACCAAACGGUUAUCGUGUGUCUGCGGCUCGAGGAACCAGGCAUCCCUACCUGGCCCGACAAGUGCGUAUACGGACGGCACAUCUAUCCGGCCGCGAUCGUCAUCAACAACACGGAUGCGGACACGAACACGGGCCUGGUGCACGUACCGUUCCCCGAACCGGGCGGCUGGUACGUCACCUUGGGUCUCUUCUGUCACGGAUCGGAAGCAACGGCACGGUCGACAAUCAUCGACAGCGUCAAAGAGUUUGUACGAUCGUACCGCGCCACGCUGGACGCAAUGCGCCCACCGUGUUCCUGUACCGAUCGUUUGAGUUACUACCGCAGCUGUCUGGCGGAUGACGCUUGUUUGAGUGUGCUGAAUGAAACGGAAACGCUCAAGAUCAAGGAGUGCAUCAUGGAUGCCAAAUGUACUGGCGCUCGAUCGGAUGAGAUGGCGCGCAAGUUCGAGCUACAUCACAAGUACGCCACGGAACAGAGCGUGCAGGGUGGAGUCGCCGAUGCUACGUGCAAUUCCAGCGUAGUCUUCACCAUCUCCUCCAGCCCGUGCGUGGCUGGACGGUGUGGACGGUUCGGGCGUUGCUACCACUACAUGUCCGGCGGGUUCGUCUUUUCCACGUGUCUGUGUCUGCGCAACUAUCGUGGGUGGGACUGCACCGAAGAUUCGCAGGUACCGUCGAGCGCGUCCAUCCUGCUCGCCUCCCUGAUGCUAACGCUGUCGAACCUGCUGUUCCUGCCGAGCAUCUUCUACGCCGUCAAGCGUGGCUACCACAGUGAAGCGAUCAUCUACUUCUUCGCCAUGUUCUUCUCGGCGUUCUACCAUGCGUGCGAUUCGGGCGAAGAGGAGUUUAGCUUCUGCUUGGUGAAGAUAGGCGUACUGCAGUUCUGUGACUUUUACUGCGGUCUGCUCGCCAUCUGGGUCACGCUGAUCGCCAUGUCCAACAUUCGCCACCAGUUCGUGUCACUGCUGCACAUGCUCGGUGCGAUCCUGCUCGCGUUCGGCACGGAGCUGAACAAGCAAUCGCUCUGGGUGUUUCUGGCACCGGCCCUCACCGGCAUCUGUCUCAUCUCGGUCAGCUGGGGCUUACGGUGCCGGAAGACGAAGCGAUGUUUCCCGGCCCGCAACUACCUGGCACUGUACCUGCCGAUCGGUAGCGUUCUCGUGAUGGUAGGAUUGGUCUGCUUCGCCUUUCUGCAGACGAAGCAAAACUAUCACAUCGUCCACUCGAUCUGGCACAUGGUGAUGGCGCUCAGCAUCCUCUGCCUGCUGCCGGACCGCAAAACGUUCCACCCGAAGUGCUAG